AUGGCCGGAACCAAGGGCAAACCUUGCACGUACGUUGAGCAGCGUCCGAAGAAGAGAAAGUACUGGGACGAAGACUAUGUGAAAGGUCUCGAGCAGCAGGUGCAAGCUCUCCUCGCUGUUGUAAGACAGUAUGAAAGACAGUUUGGUAUCUUGCCAUCUUCGGAAACGGCUCCGUUGCCACUCAUCAAAGGCCUCAUACCGGAUGAACAUCAGGAAUUCGAAUCGAACCUUGUCAGUUAUCGGCAGCAUGAGCACAGCGAUGGCCUGGAAGGACCAAUAUCUCUCGCAGAAACAUUGCGGAAUCAUGAAGAGCUGUCUCCAUUUCCUACCCAUGAAAGAUCUCCAGUGGCUUUAGAAGAGCUAAGUGUCAUGAUGUGGAGGAUGAACCUGGGCGACGGCGCAGUCAUCACCCAGGACGGCGACUCGGCUCUUUCUUAUGAGAUUGCAGCAGAGUACGCUGUGGAAACCUCCCAUAUUUCACCCCCUGCUGAAAUCCUCCGCUACAGUCAAGAUUCGAACUUACUAUCGAAACUCGCAUCAGUCUUCCUCGACAACAUCAACCAAGAGCAUCAAUUUACACCAUACACAUCACCUUCAUUUCUGGAUCAAUACCCAUACCAAAGAAUCGAUGAAACUUUCCUCCACACUGCGAUACUCGCAACAGGAGCCGCCUUUCUAGCAAGCCGAGACCCCAACAUGGCCAAGGUCGGCGAGGAUUUUGCGAAGUACGCAGAAAAGCUCGUUUUUGACUGUUGUCGCUAUCGGCCCACGCUCUCAGUAAUUCAGGGAAUGUGCAUCUUGUCUUUCAGAUCCUUGUCCAUUGGAAAAGACCAUUUGGGCUGGAUGUUCAUCUCUAUGGCUGGGGGUUUGUGCGUUCACUUACGACUACAUGUUCUUGCGUUGGAUGAAUGUGCUGGGAGAGCUUUGAAGCCUACGUCGCCAGAGAUCAGGACGUUCUGGAUGUUCUACUUUGUCGACGUAUCUGCAAUCACUAUUUUGGGAAGGAAUUGCGCACUUCCGUGGCGGCGCGUCAAUGUGCCCGAAUUCCAUACAACGUUGAACGCUGAAACCGCAGACUUGGCAGAGCUCUCCUUCGCAUGGCAAAGUCAGCUAUGGUACACCCACGCUGAAGCCAUGGAUCAGAUAUUCGCCCCAUCCUUUGAGAAGCUUGCUAUGGCACAGCAAAUUAGGCUUCUCGUAUCGACGUUGGAGCAGCUCAACACCUUCUUCCGCUCGAAACCACACCGACUACACAUGAACAAUGACGCCCCGAAACCAAUCGUUUUCUUCCACUUGCAGUAUCAUAUGGCAAUUAUGAUCAUCAUAUCGUCGUUCCUGCGAUCCUUCACUUCCUCGGACACGCCCGGUAUCAACGAAGCCGAAUCAAAUAGUUCACUACUCUAG